AACCACCUGAGAUUGAUCCUGCAGGUCGCUGAGCCAACAGCCAAUCACAGACGGGACCUCUCACGCCCACUGCUCCGGAUUGGCUGACAGAUGAGCAGUCUCGUGUGUGUGUGUGUGUGUGUGUGUGUGCGCGUGCGUGUGUGUGUGUGCGUGUGUGUGUGUGUGUGUGUGAGACUAGACUUCAUUCAUGUUUACAUGUGUUGCUCCACUGCGCCUCAAGCCCACAGAGAGAGAGACUCUGCAGCACGACCGACAACAAGCACCGGCAGCGUCUCCACGAGCUGCUCGGUGAGUGAGAGUCACCGGGAACAAGAGGAACGUGUGAUUCUACUGACGAGGUUGAGAUGUGGUCCGGGGGUUUGUCUGAUGAGGAGCGUGACGGCUCCUAAAACUGAAGCUUCCUGUAGCGACGAGGCAGAGAGACAGACGGACGGACGGAGGAGGCGUCGCCUUCAGCCUCACAGAUGUAGGCUUUUAACAAUGAUGGGUCUACCUGUGGACAGCCCAGACACACACAGCGAUGUACUUCAGUGUGAGCAGCCGGGAGAAGACGAGGGCGAAGGCCGACACGACGCCUGCACCCGCACGCCGCCGCCGCCGCCCGACAUCAGGAAGAGGAGGAAAAGCAAGAAGAGACUGUGGAUCAACCUCACCAACUGCAAGUAUGAAAGUGUGCGACGAGCCGCUCGCAGAUUCGGCCUCCGGGAGGCGGCGGAGGGCGACGACUGGACGCUGUUCUGGACCGACUGCUCCGUGUCUCUGGACCGCGUGAAGGACAUGAAGCGUUACCAGAAGAUAAACCACUUCCCAGGGAUGAGCGAGAUCUGCCGCAAAGAUCUGCUGGCGAGGAACAUGAACCGCAUGCUCAAGCUCUUCCCCAAGGACUACAACAUCUUCCCCAGGACCUGGUGCCUCCCCGCAGAUUACAGUGACUUCCAGGCGUACACCAGGGCCAAGAAGAGCAAGACGUACAUCUGUAAGCCGGACAGCGGCUGCCAGGGCAAAGGCAUCUUCAUCACCAGGUCGAGUAGAGACGUUCCGCCUGGGGAACACAUGAUCUGCCAGGUUUACGUCUCCAGGCCUCUCGUCAUUGACGGAUACAAGUUCGACCUGCGUAUUUACGUGCUGGUGACGUCAUGUGACCCGCUCAGCAUCUUCAUGUUCCAGGAGGGACUCGCCCGCUUCUGCACCACGCAGUACAACGAGCCCACACACGGCAAUGUGGAAGACGUGUGCAUGCAUCUCACCAACUACUCCAUCAACAAGCACAGUGAGAACUUUGUCCGCGACGAGGACACUGGCAGCAAACGAAAACUGUCCACCCUGAACAAGCACCUGGAGUCCGUCAGCUCCGACACGGAGAAGAUGUGGUGCGACAUCGAGGACGUGAUCAUCAAGACGCUGAUCUCCGCUCACCCCGUCCUCAAGCACAACUACCACACGUGCUUCCCCAACCACACGGCCGGCAGCGCCUGCUUCGAGAUCCUGGGCUUCGACGUGCUGCUGGACCAGCGCCUCCGACCCUGGGUGCUGGAGGUGAACCACUCACCCAGUUUCACCACCGACUCGCCGCUGGACCGCGAGGUGAAGGACGCGUUGCUGUACGACGCGCUGGUUCUCAUCAACCUGGGCGCCUGCGACCGCCGCAAGAUCACCAAGGAGGAGAGACGCAGGGUGAAGGACAGGCUGCAGCAGAACCGCUCCAGAGAGGCCAGGUCGGAGGAGCUGCGGCAGUGCCAGGCCGCCACGGUGGAGCAGACGGAGCGCUACGAGGCCAAGCACCUGGGCGGCUUCAGGAGGAUCUACCCCAGGGAGGGGGGCGAGAAAUACGACAAGUACUUCAAGCACAGCAGCUCGCUCUUCCAGGAGACGGCGGCGUCCAAGGCCAGGGAGGAGUGUUCCAGGCAGCAGCUGCAGGAUCUCCGUCUGAAGCAGGAGCAGCGGGAGCAGAAGGACGGUCGGAGGAGGGACCUGCAGGGGGAGACGGCGGGGGAGAGGUUCAAACCACGACGGGCGUCGACACAACCGCCCCCCGGCGUCCCAAACUCUGACCGCGACCCACAGCCGCCUCGUGUGUCCGGUGAGUCGGGGGCAGAAGUCCGAGAGGAGAAGCAGGAGGAAGAGGAAGGAGAGGAGGAGGAGGAGGAGGUGGAGGAGGUGGAGGAGGUGGAGGAGCAGCGGCGACUGGAUGCUCUGCUCCAGAGGAAGAAGCUGCUGCAGGAGCUGGGGGUAGUGGAGCAGGUCCGCCAGCUGCUGCUGCCGCAGGGCCGGACAGAGGGAGGGGGGGUCCCGCGGGGCGGCGGCCACCAGCAGAGACGACCGGAGACAAAGUUGGAUCCUCUGGUGCAGCAGUUUCCCCACAGGACGAAGCAGCAGCAGCAGCUCCUCUGCACUCGGAUCUCACGGCAGCACGUCGUCCACUCACACUCGACUCAGCAGCAGCAGCAGCGGUUGAUCCGGACCACGGUCGACCAGCGGAGCCUGAACGAGUCGAGCUGCCUGCACCACGGGGCGGAACUACGGAGGACCAUCAGCGCCCAGCGGAUCCACUGGCCCGUCGGCGGCUCUCAGUUCGUCCCACAGGACGACUGGAGCAGCUCCUGCUCCGACGCCCGGUCCCGUCCCGCCGUGCCGCUCCUCCACCCCGUCCCCAAGAGAGGCCUGCGCUCCCACGACCCCGCCGCCGCCCUGCAGAGCCUGCUCGUCAUCUCGUCUCUGGUCCGGAGGCCGCCUGGCUUCUCUCACGUGGUCCGGGACUCGUCCCUCAGCAGGGGCCCCCGCCACGGGAAAGGGCAAUGAGGAGCAGAGGGACCCCCGAAAACCGGGUCAAAGACCAGAACCUGCUGCAGGCCGACGCCCGCAGACUUGAAGCUGCUCCACAUUUGAAUCCACUUUGGAUUAAAAGCUGGAGGUGGAGAUAACACACACACACACACACACACACACACACACACACACACACACACACACACACACACACACACUGCCUGUUACGAAUGUCUCCCAUUUGUAGAUUUCAAUAUCUGGACACCUGCAGUUUUAGGCUGCUCGCCACUUCACAGCAAAUAUGACAUUAUGUUUUUGUUUUUUUUUAGAAAACAUUUUCUACCAGUGUGUGAACAGACGUGUGUAAUAUUUUUGCUCUGAGGAAGAAUCAUGUGGAGCAAACCUUGUGUUUUGUGCCAAAAUAAAACCUCACAGGCCUCAUGGAACUGAA